CCCAUGUAUACAUACGUGACCUUGGCCAUGGGUUCUAAAUCACAGUCCACACGCGCUUAUUGAUGGCUGAGUCAAACGUUCAGGUUAUAAGCCCGAUUAAGAGCUUUAUUGCUGGUGGGUUUGGUGGCGCGUGUUGCAUUACAGUUGGUCACCCUUUCGAUACUAUAAAGGUUAGACUUCAGACAAUGCCUCAUGUUACAUCAGGAACAAUACCUUUAUAUUAUGGAACGUUUGACUGUAUCAAGAAAACUGUAGCAGCUGAUGGCAUCUUUGGACUGUACAAAGGGAUGGGGGCACCUAUAGCCGGAGUAGCACCUGUAUUCUCCAUUUGCUUUUUCGGAUACAAUUUAGGAAAGCAGAUUUUUGCCAAAGAUCCAAUGCAUUUAAACAAACAUGAAAUUCUCUUUGCUGGAAUGUUCUCUGGUGUUUUCUCUACUGCAAUCUUGGCUCCAGGAGAGCGUAUAAAAUGUCUGUUACAAGUCCAAUCGCAUGCCAUUGGACCUUUAAAGUAUAACGGACCGGUUGAUGUUCUUCGUCAGUUGUAUCGUGAAGGUGGGAUUCGAAGCGUUUUCAAGGGAACAGCUGCAACACUUCUGAGAGAUGUUCCUGCAUCUGGAGUGUAUUUUCUUAGUUAUGAAUUAAUGAAAGACGCAUUAAGGAAUCCUCAUUCAAAGAAUAAUGAAUUGAGUGUCAGCAAAACUCUCUUUGCUGGUGGUAUUGCAGGUAUCUGCAACUGGUUAGUAGCUAUUCCUCCUGAUGUUUUAAAAUCUCGUCUACAGAGUGCUCCUGAAGGUGUUUAUCCCAAUGGAAUUAGAUCCGUAUUUUCUGAGCUUAUUGCAAAAGAAGGAUUUUUGGCAUUAUAUCGGGGUGUAACUCCAGUGAUGCUUCGAGCAUUUCCUGCAAACGCUGCAUGUUUUCUCGGUUACGAAGUUGCAAUAAAGUUUCUGGAUUAUGCAUUUCCUAGUCUGUGAUCAUUUUUACACGAUAUCUGACAAUCGGUCUUGAAGCUCGUUUAUUUCGAUUCCUAUUUUCAGAGUAGAAUAUUAUCAUCUAUUUAUGUAUUUUAUUUCUAAAAAAUUUUCAGGCCCAGUUUUAUGAUUUGUAUGAUUACUUUUCAGUAAACUGUGACCUACAAAUAAGUUAUUUUGUUAGUUUCAUUUUUCGACUAAUAAAUCACUUGUAACGUUUUUUUUUCAUGUGUCCAUUCUGCUUUGUUUAUUGACUACUCGUUUCCCAAGUGACCUUUAGUGUUCUUGUGUCCUUUUACUUGAUUUCCAAUAUGUAGCUUCUAAAUUACCACUUAUUGUCAAGUGGUUGUGUAUGUGAAGAUCACUUAGUGUUUAUGU